GUCACUGUUGUAGAAAAAAAAUCUCCACGAGAUAAAUGCUUUUAUUGAGCUGUAUUAUAACUGUAUGACCUUCCCACGACUUUGUCUUGGAUCUAAAGACCAAAAGAAACGGACGCGUUGCGAGGUGUCUUGUUCUACAAAACAUGCAAAAAGCCAAAGUUAGAAAAGUCAGCACAGAUACCCUCACUUCUAAUUUACCUGAAGAACGAAGAGAACAGCUCUGUGGCUUACUGGGGAAUGUGGAACUGGCUCUUCUCUACAAAGCUUCAGUUCAUGGAUAUCAAGCUUCUGUCUUCCACCAGCAAUGUGACCGUCAGGGUCCCACUUUACUUGUAGCCUACAACAAUUCAGGCUACAUCUUUGGUGGAUACACUAGUGUAGAUUAUGCUCGAAGUGGCCGGGAAAUUACAGAUGAGGAAGCUUUCCUGUUCAGUUUUACAAGUGGAACCUCAAGCUACAUCAAAGUUAACAGUGGAUAUAACGCACGUUAUGAUGAUGAUAAAUGGCCCAACUUUGGACAGCAGCUGUACUUUUGCUACAACAACCAGCCAGCUGUGAAUUAUCAACGAGGGAAUGCAUUCAACAUUAAUACCUCAUCAAUGUAUGGCAAUGACACUCAGCUGAGUGAAUGUGAGGUGUAUAAAGUGGAACAGGAGCCUGAAGUCAGCGUUGAGGAGAAACCAUGGAGGAAUGUUCUAUGUACACCGGAACGAAGAGCAGAGCUCAUGGAAAUGAUCAGGAACCAUAAACCCCUGAUGACGUCUGUGAAUCGGGUCAGAAUCCUAAUGAUCGGUCCUGUAGGUGCUGGAAAAUCCAGUUUCUUCAACUCCAUCAACUCUAUCUUCACUGGUCAUGUGACUAGUAAAGCCAUGUCAGGAUCUGCAGGCACUAGCCUAACUGUGCAGUUUCGCACAUAUCCAAUGAAUGACGGUCGUGAGGGAAAGCCGUUGCCAUUUGUGUUGUGUGACACCAUGGGACUCGAGGAGCAAUCAGGUGCAGGACUGGAUAUUGAGGACAUCAGCAGCAUUCUUCAAGGUCACGUACCAGACCGCUAUAAAUUCAACCCCAUGGCACCGUUUCAACCUGAUGAGCAAAAGGCCUCCAGACCUGCAUCUCUUCAGGAGAAGAUCCACUGUGUGGUGUAUGUGAUAGACGCCACCAAAAUCUCCCUCAUGUCUGACAAACUACAGGAAAAACUUGCUUCCAUACGCAGAAAAGUGAACUCACUGGGCAUCGCUCAGAUCGUCUUGAUGACAAAAGUAGAUGAAGCAUGUCCUCGAGUGGAGGAAAAUCUUCAAAGUCUUUAUGUCAGUUCCUACAUCAAGUCGAAGGUGCAGGAGGUGAGCUCUCGGUUGGGUGUGCCGGUGUCUUGUGUGUUACCGGUGAAGAACUACAGUCAGGAGCUGGAGCUGGAGCUCAACUGUGACGUCCUGCUGCUCACCGCUCUACAGCAGAUGCUUCGCUUUGCAGAUGACUAUUUUGAUGAUAUACGUCCUGUUGAGGGCAACCCUAAAUAAUUUUUUUGGGGCUCCUGUGACUUUAAGCUCUGUAAAAGGACUAAUAAAGUUUGACUAUUUUGUACAUUUGUUUUGGCAAUAAUGUAAACUCAGUGGAAAUAUAAUCAAAAUUUGCUAAACAUAAAAUAACAAAUGAAGAUCUGCUACCCACCUUAAUUUUAACAUAAAAGUGGGCGUGAUUUAUAAAUUGAUUGUGUGGUGAUAAGUGUGAUCCGCUUCCAGUUAUUUUAGCUGUACAAUAAUAGCCCGCAUAUAUCACAAUAGUUCUCUAUGCAUCAAAGUUAACAGUGGAUGAUGCUGGAGGGCCCAACUUUGGCCUACAGUUGUGCUUCUGCUACAACAACCAACCACUUGUGCAAAAUGUACAUCAGUAUAAUGCAUUCAAUUUUAUUGCUGCAACACUAUAUAAGAAUUACACUCGGCUGAGUGAUUGUUAGUUGUACAAUGUGGAGCAAAGUCAUUCAUUAGAAAAAUAUAGUUAUGUACAAUAAAAAUGCUAUAAACUUCAGCUCCUUUCAAUAAUUACUAAUUUAAUGUCAACUGUUUACAUUACUCAUGCAGUUGCUGUUGUAUUUGUUUGUUACAUUCCUGUGCCAUGAUUAGUA